AUCAAUCAGGAGGCGACUUAGAUGAUGACGUCAGAGAUAAAGAAGUAGGUAUGACCAAUUCAACAGCAACAGAACAGAGCACAGAAAUCGUAUCAAUAACUUUUCUUUACAGAUGUGAUGUAAUUAGACAACAAAGAGGUUUGCUGGCUCUGAAGUACGGAUAUAAACUUCUCUCUGAUUAGGAGGUGGAACAUGAGAAGGGCUUAUGGAAUGGAAUCUCUGACUCGGACAAGGAAGAUUAUUCGCCUCCGAAACCUAGACCUGUUUGUUUGCCACCAGUGAGGAAAGAUCUUGUUUAUAGACCUAAAUGUCGAAAGAAGCCUCCUUUGGGGCCACAAUUUGAAAUUUGGGUUAACUCUUGGGAAGUGAAAAAUCAUCAAACACGUUAUGCUUGGGUUAAUGUUUAUGCUCAUUAUAAUAAGAAUAAAGGCUAUGGAGGAUAUGGAGUUGUUUUACGCGAUUGGCACGCAAAGCCAGUCACUGCUUCAGCCAUGUACUCAUCAGAUGCAAAAUCUUUUUAUACUCAAGUGCUGAUGGGUGUGAAGGCUGGUGUCGUACUUGCUGAGAAACAUGGAAUUUCUGAACUUUGUGUUGAGAGCAAUUCGAUUAAACUUCCGAGUCUCGUUAAUUUACUAUGGGACUGCCCUAGUGUUAAAUGUAGAGAUGGUACAGGUAUUUGCUACAAGGGGUGUUUGGGGUCUUUCUUUGGGUGUAGGGGUUCUGAUCCGAGCUUGGUGCCUCUUGCGAGGGAAAUUAAAGCUCGGGCUCCUAAAGGUCAAGAUCUAGAUGAUUUGUUAGGAUAUCCGAGGGGUUUGAAUAAAGCUGCCCGUUAUCUGGCAAAAAUGGAGAAGAAGAAAGCUGAGAUUCAACCAGACAUUGAGGACGAGGGAGGGAUGGUUCCUCCUGGUGAUGAGUGGCCAGCUGAGAUUCAACCAGGUGAUUUUCCAGAAAAACUAAAAGUUAUGCUUUUUGAACAAGCCUUUGGUAUGAAGUACUACAACGACCUGAGUGGAUGGUAA